AUGCAGUCCAGAUUCAAGGAAAGACUCUCCUACCAGACCAACCCCCAAGAGCUUGAGCAGUUCAUGAAGCAGAACAAGACCAAACACGACACUCGCGCUCAGGAGCCCUCAAAGCCCGAGGAGCCCGCGAAGCAGCUUCGCCAAGAGCGAACUGCUCUCCACGACGCAGCCGAAUUCGGCUAUCCCAACUUCGCCCUCACCUUCAUCGAACACGGGGAUGAUAUAAAUGCUGUAGAUGCAAAAGGACGCACUCCCCUCCACGUUGCUGUACAAGCAGAAAGAGAGGAGAUGGUGCUCCUCCUCAUAGAGAAAGGAGCAGAUGUGAACACCAAAGACAACGAUGGACUCACCCCUCUACAUUUCGCUGUCGUGCUGCGUUCACUGGCCUUGGCCCGCCUACUUCUGCAGGCUGGAGCAAACCCACGCGCUGAAAAUGCGUAUGGGCACACCCCGUUCCUCUUUGCUUACUUGUUUGGGGAAAAUGAGAUUCUGGAGGGCUUUACCGAGACGAGCCGUUCACAACUUGAAGCAGUGUCGUCCAGCACGCUUCGUGGAUACCUGGUCAACAUGCGCCGUUGGGCCAAGAUGAGAUCCGUGUGUUGUAAUCAGAGAGUAUGCGGAGCUGUAGUUGUUGCUACACGAAGGCUCUGA